UGACUUGACGCUACUCGACGCUACCAAUUCCUGGUUCGCAUCGCCGUCGUCGAACUUGUUGUUCUGUCAUUGUAAGAGACGAGAGAACAACUCAACAACCAUACUGCCAAAUCAAUUCGUCGCCCGCAGAAGCUACUGUUCGAGAACGUGUAUAGAAGUUCGACUCCCUCCGCAGUCUGCAACGUGAUCCAUAAGAAAAGUGGUCUCAAUACCCCACGUUCUGGUCGCUCGUUCCUCUCGUUGGCUGGACUGAGUCGUGCAGUUCUGAAACCGCGAACAAAAACGUCCGAAAACCACAGAAAGGCAGAAAUCGUUGCCAGCGAUCAUCGUUCGAUCCUUGGCAGUUCCCACCUGGAUCGUGCUUGCGCUCCACACCCGCCGCCAUAGCUAAGACAGCGCGCUGCGAAAACCUGCUGCAGUUGUUGGUUAUCAGGCGCUAAAGCAGGAGUCCCCGACGAUAAAUAACCAUGGCCACCUCCCAGUCGGUCGCGCCUCCUCCCAGGCAUAAUCGGGGUUACAGUUUUAGUGGGAAGUCGAAUAAGUCUCAACAGUCGGGCCAUUCCAGCAAGAAAAUCCAACUCACUGAAUCCGCCGAAGAGAAGCAUCGCCGUCAUCUCAACACUAAAGCCGAUCCGAUGGUUGCUAUGAGCGAAGCGCAGCCUAAUACGGUUGCUCUGGAAGAGUCGACGCUGGGUUCCUUGCGGACUAUGCAGCACAAGGAUCAGUACGGCAAUGUCAUUACUGAUCCCGACCUUUCAAAUCCAACGCGCCCGAGAUUUGAGCGCCCGCUUGACACUAUCCGUUCCUUCGAAGCUGCGAUCUAUGGAUCAUACAGCAGUAGGCCUGUGUCGUACGCAAGGACAGAGGAAUCAACACCCGCGACGCCAGAGUACAGCCGACGGGGAAGCUACUAUGGAGCGCCCAACGGAGGGUAUUCCAGCAGAGCGCACUACGACCAGAAUGGCUACCACAACAGCCGCGGCACCUAUUCGCGACCGGACAGCUACGUGGAGAACGGCAACGGCCAAGCCGACAACUACUACCCCUACAAUCAUGGCGGCGGCGGCCGACCGCGACCACGCCACCAAGCGCGGAUGAACACCGAACAGAGCGGAUAUUCGCAGCACGCAUACCAAAAGUCAUACGACAAUGUGACUGCUGCGUCUGGCUCGGGCUCGGGCAGCAACGGCGAGACCUGGGCCAAUUCGACGGACCCAAGUUCGGUCAACAGCUCGAACGAUCAGUUCCACCAGCAGCAGCAACUACAGCAACAACAACAACAACAACAACAGUAUCAGCAGCAGCAGCAGAUGGCUGAGAGUUACGGGUUUCAAGGGUUCGGCGCGGGUCCCAGUUUCGAAAGUGGUCAGCCCGCCGCCGCCGGUGGACGCAUCAACUUUGGCAGCAGUAAUCCUCCAGCCGUUGAUCCCAACGCCGGGGGCCCCGUCGGAGGUGGUCCACCACCCACGGCGGCGAACGGCCGUCGUCAUCUGCGCAAAGCGACAAACGAUACCGAGAUGAGCAAUGAUUCGAAGCGCAAGAGCUGGUUCAAACGUCGCUUCAGCAAGAACUAAAACCAAACCCCCUCCCCGAUUCGACGAUCCUGGUGGUCGCCCUCGUCCCUUUUUCUUCUCGCCUCCUUUCUUUGUAUGGGUGUACUACAGUCAAAACCGGCGUUCAAACGGAGAUUCCCUUAACACCUUCCCUUUUACAACAUGCUUGCGCUGAACACAACAACACUG